UUAAAAUAAUAUAUGUAUAUAUAAUUAUAAGAAUCAGAAUAUUGUGAAAAAUAUAAUUAUUAAAUUGAUUCUGUUGGUGCCAGUGUGGCACUAAAGUUACUCCGUCCUAUAUUCCAAAGUAUUCACGUGUCAAAGCGUACACAUCGACGUGAGAAUCAGAGUGUAGUAUAUACAUCUGUUUAUAGCACAAGAACGUCAUAUUCUAGUACACGUACAGUGAUUAACAUAGUGUUUAAAUUAUUUAUUAAUUUAUUUCAAAUCUUAUUGAAAUACUUUUGGUAAACAAAAAACAACAAAGAUGGCACCAAAACAAAGAAUGCGUAUCGCUAACGAAAGGGCUACAAAAAAUAUUACACUUCGUGGAAAUGUUCCAAAGUCAUCAAAGCCACAAGAUGAAGGAUCUCCUGUUGGACCUUGUUUAUUAGCACUUUUUCUCUUUGUUGUAUGUGGUUCUGCUGUAUUCCAAAUAAUUCAAAGUAUUAGAAUGGGUUAAAAAAAUUAAAAAUAUGAAGACAAAAAGAUAUUGCUAUUGCAAUUAAUAUUAAAGAAAAUUGUCUAUAUCUUAUUGGUAUACAAGUGAAAAUAGACUGUCUUCUUACAUAUUGUAAAAACAUGUAGACAUCAUAAUGAUAUUGACACAAAACUGAAUUUAAAUUUCCAUUAAACAAUUCCCUUUUUUUGCUACGAUUCAUAGGAAUUAUUUGUAAAAGGAAUUUAGCAUUUAUAAACAUUUUAUGUAAUUGUAUAUAUGUAUAUCAAUGAAAGAAUAUUAUAUUUAAUAUAUUUUAUUUACAGAAAUCAAAAUAUUACAAAUUGAAUAAUUUAUUUUUUUUUCUGUAAUUUUGCAUAGCAUUUCUUGUUUUCAGUCUUAUGAAAAAUUUAAAUUCUUUCAUUGAUAUUUAUAUAUAAUAAAUAAUUGUAUAUAUAUAUAUGAUCAAUUUAUUGUAUCAAUUUAAUCAAAGCAUUCCAAUGUAAGCAGUUGGUAGCUUUUGGUUGUCUAUAUUUUUAGAGGCCUUAAGACAAGUCAUAAGUCAUUGAUAAGUCAUUGUACGUGUAAAAAUAUAUAUUAUAUGUAUUUUCAAUGUAAUUUAUCCUAAUGAAAUAUUUGCUAUGGACAAUUGUUUGUCUCUUUUAAUAAAUUAUAUUAUGAAUAAAUACA